AUGGCAUCUUUCCGGAAGUCCAGCAGCUGGUGUGUCCUGUGCUUGGCUUUCUUCCUGUGGCGUUCCGCAUUCGUUGCAGGAGGCGGUGGCCGUUGGUCACCCCUUGGUGCAACACGCGGAGGGACGCCGCGAUGCGUGGUGAGGGCUGAGAUGCGAAAAGAGUGGCAUACGCCACCGGAGGUGGUUACUUCACAAAUCAGGGAUUCAGCUUCGGCUUCUGAAAUUUUGGAAAGGCUGGGGCAAGAACGCAACAAUCCAGGAUUGAAUUUGAUUAAUAUAGGAACGUCUUGGGAGGGACUUGCCAAUUUUGGGCAUACAGUGGUCAGGGAGGUGGAGGAGGAUCCUAUGAUGGACGAGUUUGUCGACCUAACACUGCGGCUUUUGAAGCAAUCUUUGUUUGAAAAUCCUACGCCAUAUGCUCGGGCUUGUGCGAAUAUGUUCUGGGCCUCAGCAAAGCUUGGAAAGGCAGGCUUGCUCACACAGCACCUGGCAAGAGUAGAAGAUAGCCUCAGUGAGGCGGUUGUGGCCACAAGCCGCUUCAUGGAUCAGGAGGCAGUUGCGAAGGUCAUUUGGUCUUGUGCUGAAUUGAGACUGCCAGAGAAGACUCUGAAGAAGGUGAUUAGCUCGAUCACUUACACUCUCGUGGAUGUGGCGGACAGACUCCAAGCUAGAAGUGUAUCCACUAUUUUGGUGGCCGCGGCUAAGCUAGGCAGACGCUCACCAGAGCUUUUAGAUCAGAUGCCAUUGAUAGCCGAGGUGUUGCCUGAGCUAAUUCUACACAUGGAAGCGCAGCAAGUUUGUAACAGCAUAUGGGCUAUUGCUAAACUGCCGAAGACCCAGUCAACAUGCUUAUUGCCAGUGAUUGGGAGUUUAACACAGCAAGCAACCGAGGUCAUACAGAACAUGAAUGCACAAGGAAUAGCAAACAUAGUUUGGGCCACCGCUGUGCUCAAGAAUGCUGCACCAAAGCUUCUGAAAUUCAUUCCAAUCCUGAUUGAUCAUUUGAUUCAAUCGGAAGACUUGGUGAUGGACAUGGGCUCCCAAGAAGUGGCUAAUUGUCUGUGGGCAGCUGCAAAGCUCCAGCACCUUGUGCCAGAAAUACACAAACUGAUCCCAGUACUGGGCAAGAGGCUUGAGCCAACUAUCCCGCAGAUGAUCGAUCAAGCAGUUUCCAGCACCCUGCUUGCGAUUGGGCAACUGCCGGAACAUUUUCAGGUGUUGCGAAGCUCGGUAGCUCCAUUGGCACGUAGGAUGUUAUCCGUGCUACGUGGUGCUCCCUUGCGUGAGGUCUCAAAUGCCUGCUGGGGCCUCGCGAUUUGCAGGCAUGCCGACCGUGACUUCAUGGUGGCCGUCACUAAGAAGAUCCUUGGGUGCCGACUGACGUCCAAGGAGGUGGAUUUCGACCUGCCGCCGAUUUUGAUGGCGCUGGCGCGACUGAAUCUUCGAGGGCAUCCAGAUUUUCUCCGCUUCGCAUCCGAGAAGCUUCGGCCCAUGCUGAAGAGGAUGAACCCUUGGGGGCUCUGUGCAGUGUCAUGGUCCUACUCGCAGCUGGAUCAAACGAAUGAGUUCGCAGACUUCCGGGGAGCAGUUGAACAACAAGUGACUGCACGCAGCUUCUCUACGCAACAGGUGGAACAUAGCCGGUUGGGCCCAGAGCAGUGGUACCGGCGGCCCAGAAGUCCCCUGUUCUACUGCGACAACGUCAAAGAGAACUGUGUGACAGUGGGUGAUAUGGGCAAAGAUGCCAGCUGGUUGGUGCCGCCCAAACCCAAGGGGAAGCUGUCGAUGUUGGACAAGGUCAAGGGCUUCAUCGCGGGGAUGCACAUGCCCGGAGUCCAGGUCUUCCACUUGGAGAUGCCGGAGCAGCUGCUGGCACUCCAGGUGCCAUCGGAGCUGCGGAGACAUCGACGUCGACGCUGCGUCAAGGGCGAGUCCUUCCCCGAAUGGCUGCCCCACUGCGUGGCGUCCUGGGUCGAGACAGGGCACAAGAUGCACUGGUGGAUUUAUCCGCAGGAACGAGAGCGAGACUUUCAGCUCCUACGCUGCAGCGAAGUGGGUCAACGGCUCUUCGCUUCUCCCCUGCUGCACUUGCGCGAUGCGAAUGAGUUAAUGCCCUUGGACAUGGCUCGCUCGGAGAUGUUUUACCAUGGUCUGUCCAAAGGUCGAAGAACGUCUCGCUACAGCGGCUGGGCGCCUUUCAGUGAUUGGUUCCGCUACGAGCUGCUGGGCCGGCACCGGCACCGUUCCGCGACGGAAGGCGGUGCCACGAGUGCCGUGGCGGCGGUGGGCUGGGUGGAUGCUGACAGCUUCAGCCUGCGGAAUCUGCAGGAACUCCUGGAGGCGGACCAGUGUCCGCUGCUGCUGGGCAGCGAGCGGCACCGCAGGGAUCGGCGGACCCUGGGCGCUGUGGUGCUGAAGGGCACGGACGCCGAGCGCUGGUCGUCCGCCUGGUCCUUCGCACCGGUGAAGCUCCGGGAGUUUCACCGCUGGAGCAAGGCCCAUCCGGACCUGUGCCUGGUGACCAACAACCUCCUCCUCCUCCGUCGCGCGGUGCCGUCGUCCGUUGAGCCGUGCCGCGAGAUGUUGCGCUGCAUGGCGGAUGAGAUGCGCAGCGCAUUGCGGAGCGGAAAGCUGCAAAGUGGAACGCAUGGCAUGACGCUCCUGCAGCGGGCCGUACGCCAGGCUGGACCACGUCGAGUGCGGAUACUUCAUUGGUCCGUGUUCAAUCCGGUGCAGGCCACUGAGGCGUCUCGGCUACACCGCUGUUUGGAGGGCCACGACGUGGCGCUGUCGCAGAAGGCUGUGGCGCUGCACAUCUUCCGCCAGGUUCGGGACGAGUGGGUCAAGCUGGGUUUGCCCAUGCCAAAGAUGAUGCCACGGAAACAAGAAAAGCCGAACCAAGGUGAACUGGCCGCUGUGGCGACGCCCAAAAGCGGUGGCUUGCUGGAGAUGCUGAACGCCUCCCGUUGUCUGACGCAGGUUUCAGCGCAGCUUCUGUCAGCGGAGAGUUCGUCCCGAAACGCCAAAAGGAGGAGAACGACCUCGUCUUCGAUGACAAAGACUGACGAAGAGAAACGCCCGGAGAAAAAUCUGUUAAGCUCACUGGAUCCCCAGUGGACGUCGGCCAUGUCGGCCAUGGCGCGGCGCGUGGUUUCGGCGACGCUGAUGUUGACCACGUGGAGCACGUUGAGUGCGGCGGUGGACAUGGACAAGACGGUGGGGAACAAGUUGCAGAAGGUGAAGACCAUCACUGAGCAGAUUAACAACGCUUCUGAGGAGGUGAUGGUGCUCCAGGACCACAACUGGAUCGCGGGCUCACCAGCGACUGUGAAGGCCACCAAGCAGCUGCAGGAUCUCCUGGACAAGGCGGAGAACACCAACACACAGCUGCAGAUGGGCAUGGCCACCAUCAAGGGCAAGGCCACCGAGGCCCAGAUGCGCCUGGACCAGUCCAAGGCCACGUCCGCCGCGGCCUGCUCCGCGGCGAAGCAGUGCGACGUCACGGCCUCCAAGGCCGCUGGACUCCGCAUCGAUGAACUGAAGGAAAGUCUUCAGGACUACGAAAUGAUGAACGACUGGAAGAUGUCGAGUGUCUACAACGGGGGACUCGACAUGGCCCAGAGCAUCAAGGAGCGCCAUAGAGCGUUCAUGCACAGCCUCUUCAAGGUGACUGCCGAGGAAAUGAAGGCUUGUCGUGAAGAGUUGGGACAUCUGCCGGAACACAUGACGCCCUGUCAGCGAGCGUUAAAUGACACCAUCCAAGCGCAGUGGGCCCAAGUCAUGGCGCAGCAACUGGCGGAUACCUGCAGCUCAUCCGCGGAAAAGUUGAGUGUGACCAUCAAGAAAGCGGAGGAACUGCUGAGGCCGUUGGAGUUGGGCGAGGAACGUCUCUUCCAACGCCAGCGCUUGUCUCCGCAGAGCCACUGGCCCUGGAUGGCACGGCACGGCGUGGAGCUCCUGGUGCUGUCCCUGGUGGCAAUGUUCACCUCGAUGUCGCUGCUGGCGAUGAUCCUCCGAAGUCGACUGAGGACGACGACGCGUGCUCUGACGGAUGAGGAGAUGUUGCUGCAGUGAGGU